AUGUAUCUCUUUCUCUGUCUUUCUCUCUCUCUCUCUCUCUCUCUCUCUUUUGAACUAAUUCAGACUUUACCCUGCAUUCGUUUCUCUUCCUCUUCCUCACUCUCUCUCUCUCUUUCUCUCUUUCUCCCUUUGUCUCCCUUCAAUCUAUCUUCUUUACCCUAUCUCCCACACCCUUUCAUUUUAUUCUCCUUGCUCUCCUUCUUUCUUCCUUUCUCUCCCUCCUACAACCCUUUGCUCUCUUUCUCGUCUUUUCUCUUACCUGCCACUCAUUUUCAUUUCUCCUCCCUUUCUCUCCUUCUCUCUCUCUCUCUUUCUCUUCCGCCUACAACCCUUGCCUCUCUUUCUCUUCUUUUCUCUUACCUGCCACUCUUUUUCACUUUCUACUCCCUUUCUCUUUCCCUUAUUCUUCUGCCUACAACCCUACACUCUCUCUCUCUUCUUUUCUCUGCCUCCCACUCCUUUUCUCACUCCCCUUCUCUCCUCCUCUCUCCCUUUCUCUCCCUCUUUCUCUCUUAA